AUGUCUGGUCACCUGCGGGUGCCUGCGAACUGGAAGAGGAACACCUUUGUCCUCGGCGCUGCGGUGUUUGGCAUCACCUGCGUAAUAUGGAAGAUCAGCGCGGAGAAGGAGCAGUUCGCCCACAGGCCGGAGCCCGAACGUUUCUAUCCUAGCCGAGGGUUCGUUUUUCCCGAAAUUUCCACACUUCUCUUUGUAACCUGGAAGCUAAUGGUUCGCGAAACCGAUAGUUGGAAUAGACAGUUGAUCAACUGGCAGAAGGAGGACAAGUUGAAGGCCGAGCAGAAGAGCGAAUAA